CAUGUGCACGCGCUCACACAAUAAACACCUCCUCACAGCAUUAUCCAUGGGAUUACCGUCUUUUCUGUGACACCUGCUGCCUUUUUGGGUUUGCACAGCUUUGAUCCUGCCAAUGGGGACUCGAGUCUGAUAGAAGAGAAAGCGUUUGUGAAGAAAAUAAAUAAGUUCUGCUUGUUUCUAUUGGAAACAUCACGUCUCAAGCAGCAAGCGAAACAUGACAGACACUAUGUUCGGCAGUGAGAACGAGCAGUGGGUCUGUCCAAAUGACCGACAACUCACGCUUAGAGCAAAGUUGCACACUGGUUGGUCGAUCCACACAUUUCAGUCAGAGAGACAGAGGAAAGCUCAGGCGCUGGAGAAGAGAGAGCUGGAUCUUAUCAUGAGUGUCAUUCACCGCGCUGAGCAGCUCGAGCUCAUUGAGCAACACCGCAUUGGGCGUCUAGUGGAGCGUCUGGACAACAUGAGGAGCUCCGCCAUGGGAAACGGCCUGUCACAAUGUCUGUUGUGUGGAGAAGUAUUCGGUCUGCUGGGCUCUUCAUCUGUCCUCUGUUUGGACUGCUGCAUGAAGGUCUGCACUAAAUGUGGAAUCGAGACGACUGCAGGCGGUCAGAAACGGACUCAGUGGCUUUGCAAGAUCUGCAGUGAACAGAGAGAGGUGUGGAAACGUUCAGGAGCCUGGUUCUACAAAGCCUUGCCCAAGCAUAUUCGUCCCAUUAAGGAUUCAAUUCUAGAUAACAGGAAGCCGGUAAUAGAAAGAGGAGAGCAGCUGCCAGUUGCCAGGAGUGCACCAAUCAGCUACACGUGGGCUCAAAGCAAAGUUUACUUGAGUGAAAGUGAUGGCAGUGAUGCUGAGCUCAGCGAAUGCAGCAGUGACAGAAAGACCUUCGCUUCAGAGACCGAUCAAAGAAGAGAUUCUGAAUCGAGUGGAGGCCAAGUUCAGACACCCCAGUCCAGCUUUACCAGUCCAACUCGAGGCAGCAUUCAUAUUGAAAGUCCAUCCUGUUUGGUCAGUGAGCGAAGCAGCAGCAGUUUUAACCCUGGUCUGGAGGACGAGGUCAUUAACCAUAGCCGAACGUUACUGACUCCUCCGGCCCUCAGCCGCGCCGGCUCCCUGCGGAGCAGCUCCACCAGCCAGAAGUCCGAGGGCCUGCCAGCGGAUGCCAACCGGGAUGAGGACGAUCUGGACCAAGCAUUCGGAGCCACUGCACUUGUGGCCAGCAAGAAAGAGGAAGAGCCGGACGUGGAGGGCUACGAUUCAGACGACUCCACUACACUCGGCACUCUGGACUUCAGCCUUCUGUACGAUCAGGAGAACAAUGCCCUGCACUGCACUAUCAACAAAGCCAAGGGACUCAAACCAAUGGAUCACAAUGGGCUGUCAGAUCCCUAUGUUAAGCUGCACCUGCUGCCUGGAGCGAGUAAGGCCAACAAGCUCCGCACCAAGACCCUGCGCAACACUCUCAACCCUGUCUGGAGUGAGACCCUGACAUAUUAUGGAAUAACAGAUGAGGAUAUGGUUCGCAAAACUCUCAGGAUUUCAGUGUGUGACGAGGACAAAUUCCGCCACAACGAAUUCAUCGGCGAAACCCGCAUCCCCCUGAAGAAACUCAAACCCAACCAGACCAAGAACUUCAGCAACUGUUUGGAGAAACAACUUCCUAUUGACAAGACAGAUGACAAGUCUCUGGAGGAGAGAGGGCGCAUCAUGAUCUCUCUGAAGUACAGCUCUCAGAAGUCUGGUUUAGUGGUGGGCAUCAUCCGCUGUGCGCAUCUCGCUGCCAUGGAUGCCAAUGGCUUCUCUGACCCUUAUGUUAAAACGUAUCUCAAGCCAGAUGAGAACAAAAAAUCAAAGCACAAGACAGCUGUCAAAAAGAAGACUCUCAACCCUGAAUUCAAUGAAGAGUUUUUCUAUGAAAUCAAGUAUGCUGACCUCAGCAAAAAGACCCUGGAGGUGACUGUCUGGGACUACGACAUUGGCAAAUCCAAUGAUUUUAUUGGUGGAGUGUCUUUAGGUAUAAAUGCCAGCGGCGAGAGGCUAAAACACUGGUUUGACUGUCUGAAAAACAAGGACAAGAAAAUCGAGCGCUGGCACACGUUAACCAAUGAACUCCCUGGUUCAGGGUACAAUGACUGAAAGGCUGCAGCGAAGCCCCGCCCCUUUCCUACAUGAUGUCCAAGUAAAGCUCAACAGUCUGUGAUGGACAGAUAAACACUCCAGCAGUCCAUUGAUUUCGAGAAGAGUGCCAGAAAUCACAUCUCUUGUACUUUUUCCUGGUGUUGAGCUUGCAGUCUGAUUGUGUGGCUUUGAUGUGGCUUUUGGGCUUAUAUAAGGGUCUGUGUUCGUACAACCUCAUUGAAAAAAACGGAGAGGUGUUGUUCCCACAGCCAAUGAGAGAUCAGUUACUGUCUUUAAAAUAUAUAUCCACACCUUACUGCUCUCUAUCUCCAUUCUCUUGGCUGUCUUCGUAUUCAAGAAUGCUGUUUACAGAUGUUAACUCUCAGUAAAUGUAUCAUUAUGCGUAUGCAUCGUGGCAGCAACGGGGCUCCGAAAAUACAAUUUCCAAAACAACUGCAUAUUGUUUACAUCUGGAGUAUAUCCCAACCUUUCUGAUGCCUGUUUUUAGGUCAGGGUAUGAACUACGCUGUUUAUUUUACAGACUGAUUAUUGCAAGGAUUAUAUUUGACGGUGAAAUUCUCUUACAAUUUAUAUGAGUUUUUACUUCCCCCGUCUAUUAUACUAGGCUAGAGGUCUUUUUUUCCUGAUGAUAUUGAAUAACCUCAAAGUUCGUCUACUUAACGAAUGUAAUUUACCUUUAAUUUUUGUGCUCACCGCAUUAUGUAAUCAGAGUUUCAACAGCCAUUUUGUUCCAAGAAAGAAAACCCAGUUUACACAGAGGACAGAUAUAUGCUAUAAAAAAGUCACUAUUCUCGAAAUGGACACCAUGGAUUAUUCAACUUUCAACUGGAGGUUUUUACUUUUACUUGACUAAUUCAUGUAUUGCAUUUAGUGUUGUCACAAUACUGGAAUUCGCCACCAAUCGGAACUGAAAUUUUGAAAACAUCUGUUUUCCGCAAACAUUUGAGUGCUGUUGAACGCAUUCUUAAACACUGCUCAAGAGAAAUGGCUAUGAAGGUCAUCAGUUCACCAAACUUUCCACUGUUUACUGAGUGUAAACACAAAUAUAGGGACACUGGAAAGUUUUAAAGUCACGUCGAUCAGCUUGUUUGUCUAUAAGCUGACAUACGAGCGAUGAAUCGUGACUUUAAAACGCUACAGUGUGCCUGUAUCUGUGUUUACACUCCACAGCCAAUCACAGUCA